UGUAUAGAUAGUACCUUGGCUUCUUCAGAACUUGAGAAAAAAUGGUGAGCCAUAAGCCUUAUAUUGCAAUGGUGUCUGUGCAGUGUGUCUAUGCAGGCAUGGCCUUGUUCUCCAAGGCGGCCAUUGCCAAAGGCAUGAACCCUUUUGUCUUCGUCGUGUUCCGGCAAGCUCUCGCCUCCGUCGCCCUCUCUCCCUUCGCCUUCUUCCUCGAGAGGAAGGAGUCGGCGACUCUCACGUACGGCUUAAUCUUCAAGAUCUUCCUGGUCGCUUUCUUCGGGCUCACGCUGAGUUUAAACCUCUACUGCGUGGCAAUCGACUACACGUCCGCAACUUUCGCGGCCGCCACCACCAACACCAUUCCGGCCAUUACUUUUAUCAUGGCUGUUUUCUUAAGGAUGGAGGGCAUUAGUGUAGGACAGUGGCAUGGGAGGGCAAAAGUGGUGGGGUCGGUGAUGGGGGUUUCAGGGGCUUUGGUGUAUGCGUUCGUCAAGGGGCCACCCGUGAACUUGCUCAACUGGUCUUCUCCGGCGCUGCCGCCGACCGGCUCCACGGGCAUUGCUGACCACCAUUCGAGCUCCCGAGAGUGGAUCAAGGGCUCUCUCAUCAUGUUCUCCGCCAACGCCCUCUGGUCCUUGUGGCUGAUUUUGCAGGGUCGACUCGUCAAGCAAUAUCCAGCCAAACUCCGGUUGACCACUCUUCAGUGCUUCUUCAGCUGCAUCCAGUCGGCCUUUUGGGCCAUUGCCAAGGAGAGAGAUCCAUCGGCAUGGAAGCUCGGAUGGGACAUGCAGCUUCUCUCCGUCGUCUACUGCGGAGUGAUCGUGACCGCGAUCUCGUACUGGCUUCAAGUUUGGGCCAUAGAGAAGAAAGGCCCGGUCUUCACGGCCAUGUUCACUCCGAUCGCGCUCGUCAUCGCCGCCCUCUUCUCCGCCUUCUUGUGGAAAGAAACUCUCUUCCGUGGAAGUGUGGUUGGGGCAAUGUUGAUGGUGGGUGGGCUCUACUUCGUGUUGUGGGGAAAGAUCAAAGAAGAAGGGAUCAGCAAGGAAGUGAAAGAUGACCCGCGACCAGAAACAAAAGAGGAGGCCACGUUGGACUGCAUACCUGUCUGA